AAUGUUUGAAAUUGGGGCAUUAAAACAAGGAGUACAUGAAAGUAUAUCCUCAUAUUGGGCGAAAAUUCUAAAAUAUGGAGAUCAAUUAGAUUAUACUCCAGCGCAAAAGAAAACACAAUUUAUAUCUGAAGUAAGAGAUGAUAUAAAGAAGAAAAUCUAUAGAAUUGGUCAGCACAGGCCUAUUAAUGAUAUUCUUGACAGUCUAGCAGAACUUGAAUUACGUCGUGGGGUAUUAGGUCUGCCACUAUCAUAUCUUAGUUAUACACCAGUCCCUCCUGCUAUUUCCAAUAAAACUCCUCCACCAAUUCUUUCUAAAAAUAUAGAGCAAUUAUAUUAUUCAUAUGAAAGUGAUAAUCCCUUUGAUGGGCCUCCUGUACUACAUAAACCAGAUAAAUUACAUUCAGCAAGAAUUGAUAGAUUAGAAUCUAUAAUGGGUAAAGUUGCAGACACCGUGGGUAGUAUUGCAGAUUUUGUAGGACAAUUAACCAAUCAAUUAGGAAGAAUGUCACUUAAUGAUCAAUCUUGA